UGGCAAGGGGCGUAACAGAGACGUGACCGAUCGCCCAAGCUGCUAACGAGCCGAUGAGUGGUUAAGAGGAUAAAACUAAAAUUAGUUCCUGUCUAUAUUUUUUACAUAAUAGUGUUUUAAACUCCCCGCCCCUGGUCAGGUUGUGCCAUCUCCCAGCACCAGAGUCAAGCUCCCGUGUAAACAACGUUGGUCCGCCAGACUUGAGUUUGUUAAAGCCACUUAUACUUUUCUACUUAUUUAUUUUUGUAAUUUUAGAGUGUUAUCCUCCUCAGAAUCUUUACCACUGAUCUGCUCGUUAACCGUCUUUGCAGUUGGUCACGUCUCUGUUAAUUAAAGUUGCUUGUUCAUCAAUAUGAGUGUGAACAAAGAGUCAUUUACACCCGUUGAGUGCCGUACCAUCCUUCAAGUACUGGACUCUGGAAGUGACGAGAUAUUUGAUCCAGAGAAGAUUGAUGAGGAUGACAGUGGUGAUGGCUAUCAUGACCUGACAGCUCUUGAUUCGUCUACUAGCAGAGCAGGAGUCCAAGAUCAGCAAGUGAGGUCACAAGUCAAAAAUAUUCAAAGUCAAGAUAUUAAUAAGGUAAAUAAGGUAGAUGGUGUAGCAAGAGCUUGUUGGCCAAACGUCGCUGAGUUAACAAAAUCAUCAACCAAUCUCAAGAGAAAGAUAAAUCAGCUGGAAUCAAUGAAAGUGGUAGCAGUUAGUAAACAAAAGAUGGAAGGCCCUACUGCAAAGAGGAGGCGACCAAAUUUCUGCGAGGAGGAAGUACACGCCAUGUUGCGUGAAAUCGCAAAAAGAAAGAAAAUGAUCUUAGGGAAGUUGGACUCGAGAAAUACAGUCACACUGAAGAAUCAUGCCUGGGAAGAAGUUUUAAAGGCAGUAAAUGCUGUGGCUCGAAUUCCCCGUAGUGUUGCUGAAGUCAGGCGGAAGUUUUCUGAUUUACGUGUAAGCGUGAAGAAGAAAGCAGCACAAGAUAAGAAAUAUCCCGGUGGAACAGGAGGCGACCCCCAUUUUGAAACAACAUACACUUCAAUUGAAGAAGCAGUUCUUCAGCUCUUAGAGUCAGUCUCUAUUCAUGGGAUUCCAGGGAUUUUGGAAAAUGAAGAACCUAUUGAUGAAGAAGAAAGAGAGCCAACCCCUGCACCCUCAGGAGUUAGGUUUACGGCUAUUCAUUCAAGAGAGGAAUCUAGGUUUAGGCCCGUUCAAGAGAAAGAGGAUUCUUUAACCAUCAUACUGACUGAGGAUAUGCAGGAACAUGAAAUAACAGUACCCAUUGAGCUUAUAGAACCUGAAACUUCAUCACAUCAAAGCAGUCAGGAAUCUUCAUCAUCCACGGAACAGCGAAGUAGGUCUCAUACCCCUUCUGCCACAGCUGAGGUUAACCAGACUAGGUCAACUUUAACUUGUGAUCCCACUGAUGAACCGGGUCCAUCUCCAUUACCAAGUACACGUCAAAGCAAGAGCAUAAGUGACAGAAGGCCACGAACCCAUUCUGCCCUAAAACAUGCAUAUCUUAUUCCGGAGGUGCUUCAGGUUCAGUCACAAAUGAGGGACAGUUUGGUAGAGCUGGUUAAUUCUGUUCAGGAAGUUUCAACCAACAUGGUUAAACUUGUAGCUAACACUGAGUGCAUUGCAUCUGCACUGCAAACCAUUGCAAAAGCUGUGCAGUCGAAAAGUCCUACCCAUGAUACUGUUUGUGUUUAGGGUAUGUGGAGUUGUUUACUUCUCCUAGAAGUCCUUUACUUUUGGUCAAUGUGAUGAUAGUGUAGUUGAAAAGUCAUCAUACACUUAUUAAAAUUUUUCCUUUGAGUGAUUAAUAUGAAAAAAAGACAGGGCAUGUAAAAUAAUUGUGUAACUUUCACCCUAUACUAGUCAUGAGAAUAUAACAGGAAUAUUAACCUCUCCAUAAGUGAGUUCAAAUCACAAAGGUAAGUGAAAGACACACACUUGUAAACUAUUAACAUGUGUUGCAGUGCUCAUACGGAUAUUGUUUACCCAGGUUUUGGGUAAAAGUUCAUAAUCAAAUGUAUAGCUUAGAAGCUGGAGUCGUGUACUUAAUUUUAUUUUUUAUAUGUUUCUGUAUUUUGUAAUAUGUAGUUAUUUUCCAGUUCAACUUGCUUUAUUGAUUAGUGAAUAUUUAAGGGUUAUGAAUCAAGUAGGUUGUAAUUGAAAUACUGUUGCUAUUUCACCAACAGCCUACUGUAAUCAUUGCUAUACACCACACAUAUGAAAUUCUCCAUAGAGCAAGUUGUUGCACUGGUUCUUUCAGAACUUGUACAGUUUAUGAAGCCAAGAGUUUGCUAUUUUCUUUUCUUUAUUACUUUUAGUUGUACAGUAUUUUGUUACAAGUUUCUUUUAAUGUACGGGUAUUGAUGCAGCUACCUUCUAUUCCUGAUAGUUCCUAGAGUAAUUUUAGACAUGAAAAUUUUACUGUACAGUAUUCCAUUUUUAAAUCUUAAAACUUGAAACAAUUACCAGUACAGGUAGUUGUAUUAUUUUUUCAGAAGGAUGUGGUGACCCAUGUCUUAUUGUGUAGCUUAGGAAGCGAACAGUUGCAAUAUUUCUUUUUUGUUUAAAGUUUCAAAUAUGUUUUAUAUACAGUAAUGCUUUUUUCUUCUUCAAAGCUUGAGUGCCUUGGUUAUUUAAUAAUAUUAAAAGUAUACAGGUACUGUAUUGUAAUCAAUUUUGCUCAAGAAUAUAGUAGAUAUUUUCAUAUAUCAAAUGUUUAUCAUAUGAAGGUAAAAGAUAGCCAAUUUAUUUUUCUUUAUUUUCUAUAAAGGAGUUUAAUAAUUUAUUUUAUUAUGUAAAUUGAAAAUACAAGUGAAAUCAA